AUGGCCACCCGUGUCUUUGCCCUCGUCGUCGGAAUCGAUUCCUACAAGUCCGGGAAUAUCUGGGACUUGACUUCCGCUGUCGACGAUGCCACUGCUGUCAAGCGCUGGCUCAAGCACGAUCUCGGUGUCCCACGGGACCAAGUGUCCUUCCUGAUUAACAACAAAGCCACGAAGCGGAACAUCGAAGAUCAGUUCACCCGUCACCUCCUUAAUAACGACGCUAUCGAGCACGGAGAUGCUAUCCUCAUCUACUUUGCCGGUCAUGGAUCGACCAUCUCUGGCCCUCUGGAUUGGUUCUCAGGGAAGCCGGGGGAAGUACAAGUGCUCUGCACCUUCGAUCAUGACACCAGAGGUCCUGAAGGGCGGGUGGCGGGGAUAUCCGCCGUCUCCCUGCAGGCGAUGCUGCAGGAGCUUGCUGAAGCCAAGGGCAACAACAUCACUGUCAUGCUCGAUUGCUGCUUUGCACCGACAGAGCACGCGAGCCGUUUGCGAUGCACGCCUACGAUGAAGUGCAGGCCGCAUGACUUGCAUACGAAUAUGUGGAGGGGUUUACAGGGGAAACUAGGUAUCCGAGCUGACAGAGACGGCUUCUACCAGCGGCGGAGCAGCCACAUUUUGCUCGCCGCUUGUGGUCCCCGGGAUAGAGCGUUAGAGGGGAAAGAGGGCGGAAGAUUCACUCAUUCUCUUCUAACGGUCAAGGACAAGGUGUCCCUGCAUCGCACGACGUAUGCUCAGCUGCUAGGCUACAUCAAUGGUUUUAGCCGCGAGCAGCGAGCUGUCUGCGUGGGCAAAGACCAGGAUCGCAUCCUCUUCGGCGGAGUUCCCUUCGUUCCAGAGUCGCAAUUCGUUGCUGUUGACUGGGACGACGACUCCAAGCUGCGCGUCGGGGCUGGUUCGGAACAUGGUAUCGUAGAGGGGAGCGAACUCAGUUUCCACGAACACAAUCGUCGCGGAUCUCUAAAUCCCCCGCUUACGACUCUGUCCGUAGUUGAGAUUCACCCGACCUGGUCUUUUGCACGGUCUCGAGUGCCGAGCCGGCCGCUCAAGGACGAGGGAUGGGCGAGAAUCACCAGGUGGAACACUAGGGCGCCGGUCUAUCUGCAGUUGAAGAAGGCUCUCGCGGGAUUCUUUCGGCGUCACGAAGACCUCGUUAUCGGGACUGACUCUCGGCGGACGGAAAGCCAUGUUGCAGGGGAUCGCGGCACAUUGGAUGCCAUGCAACAGACUUCUCCUGUACCUGCGCUACCGAAGGACGGGAUUGGCGUGGCUGACACUGCCGCCCGUUUUCACCUGCAUCUUCAUCGAGAUAAUCCGAACCAUCCUCUGCGUGCCUUUAUUACCAUCCAAUUGUACCGAUUUGACCCUCAAACCGGACGUCGCGUUAGCGCGAACUUAUUCGCACAUGGCAGAGCGCAGAUGCGGCAUGAAGAAAACAGCUUUUACCAGGUUGUCCUCCGCAAUGACUCGGAAGUCGAUCUUUGGCCAUAUCUCGCCUCCAUGCGUGCUGACGGUUACGGGGCCAAUAUGCUGUUCAUUCCGGAUCAUGAUAAUCCUGCGCCCCCUCUCCGCAGGCACUCCCAGCUGGUUCUUGGCCCGUCCAGGAUCUGUUGUGACACCUCCUUCCGAAACUCCAGUAAAUAUAGCUGGGACGCGUGCUUACUGAAGCUGUUUGUUUCCUCGAAGUCCGUGCCAGUAUCUUUGCUGGAGCAGGGAGCCGCGUUCGCUAUGGCUGAAGCUGCCAAAACCCCAGAUGAUAAGGAGGCAGUGAUGGCUAUUGAGAGGGCGGCCGGAGAGGAAAUUUGGGACACCGUGGAAGGUACUAUAAGUUUCAGCGUUUCAGACCAGCUUGAUACUUGACUCGGUAUGCCCAGCAUGACUAGAUUUUCGUUCAUGAGGAUCGUUGGCCGUAGAUUCUCCGUUUUAUUUAUGGUAUCUCAUUGCAAAUAUUACACAGUAAAUGCUAGGAUGUAUAAUAUAUAUUUCUUCUCGGUA